UUCACCCUCCAGUGAAUGCCGGACCCCUCCCCUCCCCCCCACCUGGGACCGGCUCACCUGGGCUGGGAUGGGGGGCUCAGGGGGCUCAGGUGGGCGCCGACCCUCCCCAGGGGGGCCCCUCUCACCUGGAGGGGGGCGGCGCUGAGGACCCUCCUGGCCGUGACGUACCUGUGCGGUGUGUCCCCGUCCCCCCCGGGGGUCUCCCUGCGCCUCCAGGGGGGUCCCGACGGCUGCUCGGGGCGGGUCGAGGUGCUGCACAACCUCACCUGGGGCACCGUGUGCGACGACGGCUGGGGCGUGGCCGAGGGCGAGGUCACCUGUGCCCAGGUGGGCUGCGGGCGGCUGCGGGCGCUCGCCCCCGGCGCCAGGUACGGCGAGGGGGAGGGGCCCAUCUGGCUGGACGAGGUGAAGUGCGCGGGGCACGAGGGGCACCUGGAGCGGUGCCGGGCGCGGCCCUGGGGGCAGCACAACUGCGGCCACGGCGAGGACGUGGGCGUCGAGUGCGCAGACUCGGUGACGUCAUCGCUGGGCUCCCUGCAGCUGCGGGAGGGCCCCGAUCGCUGCUCAGGGCGGGUGGAGCUGCUGCACCUGCACAGGUGGGGCACGGUCUGCGACGACGGCUGGGACCUGCAGGAUGCUCAGGUGAUCUGCCACCAGCUGGGCUGCGGCCACGCCCUCGCCGCGCCCGGCCACGCCCACUUCGGCCGGGGCCACGACGUGAUCUGGUUGGACGAGGUGAACUGCACCGGGACGGAGAAUUCCAUCCUGGAAUGUCCCGCCAAGCCCUGGGGGGACAACAACUGCUUCCACGGGGAGGACGCCGGCGUCAUCUGCUCAGCCUCCAGGAUGGCGGUGCCCGCCCAGGUGCGCUUGGCCAACGGCUCCACCCGCUGCCAGGGGCAGGUGCAGGUGUCCUACGGGGGCACCUGGGCGGCCCUGUGCGACCACGGGUGGGGCCUGGCCGAGGCCCAGGUGGUCUGCAGGCAGCUGGGCUGUGGCCACGCCCUCUCCGCACCUGGAGGCUCCUGGUUCGGGCGGGAGCAGAUGAAGGUGUGGCCGGGGAGCGUCACCUGCGUGGGGACAGAGCAGGAGCUCCUGGGCUGCCAGGUGAAGCCCUGGGAGAACCGCACGUGUCACCUGGGUGGGGCAGCGGGUGUGGUCUGCACAGGUAACCCCGAGGCCGACCAAGUGCGCCUGGUGAGCUCCGGCAGCCGCUGCGCCGGGAGGGUCGAGGUGUUCCACAACGGCAGGUGGGGCACGGUCUGCGACGACACCUGGGACCUGGCGGACGCCCAGGUGGUCUGUCGCCAGGUGGGCUGCGGGAAGGCCCUGUCGGCACCUGGGAGGGCCCAGUUCGGGCGGGGCACUGGCAUCAUCUGGUUGGACGAGACCAACUGCACGGGGGCGGAGCCUCACCUGUCCGCCUGCCCCGCCCGGCCCUGGGGUCGCAAUGACUGCUACCACGGCGAGGACGCAGGUGUGGUGUGCUCAGACUCCCUGAUCCCGGAGCCGCCUCACCUGCGCUUGGUCAACGGCUCCCACCGCUGUGCCGGGCGGGUGGAGCUGCUUCACCUGGACAGGUGGGGCGGGGUCUGUGCCGGGGGCUGGUCCCACGAGGCCGCCCAGGUGGUCUGUCGGUACCUGGGCUGCGGCACCGCCCUGCGAGGGGCGGAGUUCGGCACACCUGGGCAGGUGUGGCUUGACCAGGUGAGCUGCCAAGGGACAGAGAAGAACCUCGGGGAGUGUCGGACGAGCCCGUGGGCCCAGCGCACCUGUGAGGGUGGGAGAGCCGCAGGUGUGGUGUGCUCAGGUGCGGAGCCGUCGGGCGGUGCCCAGGUGCGCCUGGUGGGCGGCCCAGGUGAGUGCGCGGGGCGGGUCGAGGUGCUCCACGCCGGCGCCUGGGGGACGGUCUGCGACGACACCUGGGACUUCGCCGCCGCCGCCGUCGUGUGCCGCUCCCUGGGCUGCGGCCAGGUGAUCUCGGCCCCGCCCCGCGCGCGCUUCGGGGAGGGGCGUGGCCCCAUCUGGCUGGACGGGCUCACCUGCCAGGGCCACGAGGGGCACCUGGAUGAGUGUCGCCACAAGAGCUGGGGCAUCCACGGCUGCGAGCACAAUGAGGACGCCAGCGUGGUGUGCGCAGGCUCUCACCUGGCCGACCUGACCCACCUGCGCUUGGCCGAUGGUGCCGACAGGUGCUCGGGGAGGGUGCAGGUGCUCCACGCCGGGCGCUGGGGCGGGAUCUGUGCCCACUCCUGGCUCCUGGCGGCCGCCCAGGUGGUCUGCACCCAGGUGGGCUGUGGGGGAGCAGCGGCCGUGGACCAGGUGAGGCCAGGCGAGGGUGAGCUCACCUGGCUGGAGGCCGUUACCUGCCGGGGGGACGAGGGGGCUCUCCUGGAGUGCCAGGUGAAGGGCUGGGGGGGGCCCCGCACCUGCGGCCACGGAGGACACGCCCACGUCACCUGUACAGGUGUGACCCAGGGGCGCUCCAGUUUCCCUGGAAGCUCAGGUGAGCCAGGUGAGCUCCGCCUGGCUGAUGGCCCCAACCGCUGCUCAGGGCGCGUCGAGGUUCUCCACAACCACACCUGGGGCACUGUCUGCGGCCACACCUGGGACCUGGCGGCUGCCCAGGUGGUCUGCCGUCACCUGGGCUGCGGCCACGCCCUCAGCACACCUGGAGCCGCCCGUUUUGGGGCGGGGCCCGGUCCUGCCUGGCUGGACGGGUUCAGGUGCGUCGGCAACGAAACCACCAUUGCCCAGUGCCCGGGCAGCACCUGGGGGCAGCACACCUGCGACCACCUGGACCACGCCGGGGUCGUGUGCUCAGGUGCCCCCUCGGCAGGUAACUCCAGCUCAGGUGAGGUGAGGUUGGUGGACGGGCCUCACCCGUGCAUGGGGCGUGUCGAGGUGCUCCAUGACGGCCAAUGGGGGACAGUCUGUGACGACAGCUGGGACCUGAAGGAGGCCCAGGUGGUCUGUCGCCAGGUGGGCUGCGGGGAGGCCCGGGCCGCCCAUGGCCACGCCCAUUUCGGGCAGGGGGCAGGGCCCAUCUGGCUGGAUGACAUCACCUGCGCGGGGGACGAGACGCACCUGGCGCAGUGCCGCGCCCAGCCCUGGGGGAGCAACAACUGCCACCACGGCGAGGACGCAGGUGUGGUGUGCUCAGGUGCCAACGUGACGGAGGAGCAGUUCCAGGUGCGCCUGGUGGGCGGCCCCACCCCCUGCGCGGGGCGGGUGGAGGUGCUGCACGAGCACAGGUGGGGCACGGUCUGCGACGACACCUGGGACCUGCGGGACGCGCGGGUCACCUGCCGCCAGCUGGGCUGUGGGGACGCUGUGGCCGCCCCCGGCCACGCCCACUUCGGGGAAGGAGUGGGGCCCGUCCUGCUGGACCACGUGGGCUGCACAGGUGAAGAGAACACCUUGGAAGAGUGCGACAAGGGCCCCUGGGGGGUCCACAACUGCAACCACGAGGAGGACGCAAGCGUGGUGUGCGCAGGUCCCACCCCCCUGCAGGUGCGGCUGCGGGACGGCCCCGGGCCCUGCGCGGGGCAGGUGCAGGUGCUGCACAACCACACCUGGCUGGGCGUGUGCGGCCGCACCUGGAGCCUGCUGGAGGCACAGGUGGUGUGCAGGGAGCUGGGCUGUGGCCCCGCCCUCAGCGCACCUGUCGGCGCUCACCUGGCCCCGGGGGCGGCGCUGGAGGGUCUCACCUGUCGGGGCUCCGAGACGCUGCUCCUGGAGUGCCUGAGGGAGGGGGCGAGGCCGGGCACCUGCCACACAGGUGGGGCCGCAGGUGUCGUGUGCGCCACGCCCAAAGGUGUGCCCCCCACCUGUGCACCCCUGGUGGCCCUGCUGGGGCUGCUGACGUUACUCAGUGGGGUCCUGCUCUGGCUCACCUUGAGGACCAGGUGUGUGGGAGAAGCCCCAGGUAAAGGUCACCUGGGGGCCAUUUACCUGCCCAGGAGGGUCCCCCCUGAGGAGGUGGAGACACUGCAGCUCAUCAAGGAUGAUGCCCCCUGAUCUCACCUGUCACCUCUCACCUGCCCCCCCCAAACACACCUGGGGGGGCUCAGGUGUCCCCACACACCUGGGGCAGGUGGAGGGGAGCAAAAAAAGUGGGAAAAUGGGGUGGAAAUUAAUAAAAUUGGGGUUUUCAGCCA